AUGAUGUUCGAUUUCCGUUCUCUUAUGGCUGAAAUCCAUGGAGUCAAACUCGAAGAAGACAACAUUGGAAUCAAGAAGCGCGAUUCUCUACUCAACAUGUUUCCACGUAUGACCCAAAUGGGAUUGCUCACUCAAUUCGGAGAGAACGAUGAUUUCCCAAAACAAGGAGAGAAUGGAUUAUUGGAGGAGGAUCAUAAUACAUUGGAAUACCAAAUUCAUCAAUUCUUGAAAGAUGUGACUGUGUAUGUUUGGAAUGCUCAUGUCUUCACAAAACAAGUCAAGGAUCUUCCAAAAGUCUACUUCAUCACUCUCGAUUAUUUCAAAAGAAAAGCCGAAUCGGAAGAAAUGAAACAUCUCGUCCAAAUGGUUCCAAUCCUUCUUCAAACCUACAUUCAACACUUUGUCGGAAUUCAAAACAUCGGAAUCGACUACGUUCAACGAUGCACUUUCCACCACAAUCAAUGGAUCACAUCUUUCGAUAAUUAA